CCAUGGCCCUGAGCGAGCUGGCGCCGCUGCGCUGGCUGCAGGAGAGCCGCCACUCGCGGAAGCUCAUCCUCUUCAUCGUGUUCCUGGCGCUGCUGCUGGACAACAUGCUGCUCACCGUCGUGGUCCCCAUCAUCCCGAGUUACUUGUACAGCAUCAAGCAUGAGAAGAAUGCCACGGAUCUGCAAACCUCUAGGCCUGUGCUGCCAGCUACCACUGCAGGAACUUUCCAGAGCAUCUUCUCCUACUAUGACAACUCCACCAUGACCACGGGGAAUGGCACUGGCGGCCCAGUAAAGGGGCUGCUGCCCAAGGCCACCACCCCGCAGCACCUGGUCAUGAACAAGUCUACAGGCACUCCCGACUGCCCCAGUGAGGACCAAGACCUCCUGAACGAGAAUGUGCAGGUCGGCCUGUUGUUUGCCUCCAAAGCCACCAUCCAGCUCCUCACCAACCCAUUCAUUGGGCUGCUGACCAACAGGAUCGGAUACCCCAUCCCCAUGUUUGCAGGCUUCUGCAUUAUGUUCGUCUCCACCAUCAUGUUCGCCUUCUCCAGCAGCUAUGCCUUUCUGCUCAUCGCCAGGUCCCUGCAGGGCAUUGGUUCCUCCUGCUCAUCGGUGGCUGGCAUGGGCAUGCUGGCCAGUGUGUACACCGAUGAUGAAGAGAGAGGCAACGCCAUGGGAAUCGCCCUGGGGGGCCUGGCCAUGGGGGUACUGGUGGGGCCCCCCUUUGGGAGUGUGCUCUAUGAGUUUGUGGGGAAGACAGCUCCGUUCCUGGUGCUGGCAGCCCUGGUGCUCUUGGAUGGAGCGAUUCAGCUCCUGGUACUCCAGCCAUCCCGGGUGCAGCCAGAGAGCCAGAAGGGGACUCCACUCACCACCCUGCUGAGGGACCCUUACAUCCUCAUCGCUGCAGGCUCCAUCUGCUUCGCCAACAUGGGGAUUGCGAUGCUGGAGCCAGCCCUCCCCAUCUGGAUGAUGGAGACCAUGUGUUCCCGCAAGUGGCAGCUGGGCAUCGCCUUUUUGCCCGCUAGCAUCUCUUAUCUCAUUGGAACCAAUGUCUUUGGGAUACUUGCGCACAAAAUGGGGAGGUGGCUCUGUGCCCUUCUCGGGAUGAUAAUUGUUGGAAUCAGCAUCUUGUGUGUUCCUUUUGCAAAGAGCAUUUAUGGACUCAUUGCUCCAAACUUUGGAGUUGGAUUUGCAAUUGGGAUGGUGGACUCCUCUAUGAUGCCCAUCAUGGGCUAUCUGGUCGACCUGCGCCAUGUGUCUGUCUACGGCAGCGUGUAUGCCAUUGCUGAUGUAGCCUUUUGUAUGGGCUACGCCAUAGGUCCUUCUGCGGGUGGUGCCAUUGCCAAAGCAAUUGGAUUUCCAUGGCUCAUGACAAUCAUUGGAAUCAUUGAUAUUCUCUUUGCACCUCUCUGCUUUUUUCUUCGAAGUCCACCUGCCAAGGAAGAAAAAAUGGCUAUUCUCAUGGAUCACAACUGUCACAUUAAAACAAAAAUGUAUACUCAGAAUAAUAUCCAGUCGUACCCGAUAGGGGAGGAAGAGGAAUCUGAAAGUGACUGAAACUCUCCCAGCUCGUGUCAUUGUCUAAUUGUGUGGAAGUGUUUCCAAACAACAACCCCAACAGCGUCUUAGCCAAACCAUCCUCUCCUGUUGCAAGAAUGACAACCAAAGGUCUUCUUUCUUUUCCGUGGUUAUGAUUGAUUGCCAACAGCCUUAUAAAGAAAAAGAAGCUUUUCUAGGGGUUUGUAUAAAUAGUGUCGAAACUUUAUUUUAUGUAUUUGAUUUUAUUAAAUAUCAUACAAUAUAUUUUGACGAAAUAUAGUGUAAAUCUAUAAAUAUUUGAAUCCAAAUCAAAUAUAAUUUUUUUAACUUACAUUCACG